AUGUUUUCCAGCUAUUUCCUUGUGGUGGAACCUUUAAAAGAUGAAAAACGAGCAGAAGUUUUUGGCCUAAACAUUAAAGAUUGGUUACUUGUGAAUCUUUCCAAGCCUGACUACUUCACUCGUUCCUUGGGUGAUUGGGAUGUUCUCUUUUCUGUUGGUUGUUGCAGCCUGUGGAAAAGACGGAAUACUAGAAUUUUUAAUCCUGAUGCUGCUUCUAAUGAUACUCUCUUGGAUUAUUGCUAUAUUUCGUGGUCCCCACCUCCUUUAUCUGUCUGGAAAGUGAAUGUUGAUGGCAUCUGUAAACCUGGUCGGUUUCUGGCAACUGCUGGUGUUAUAAGAGAUUUGAAUGGUAAGUGGCUAUGGGGCUUUGGUCGUAACAUUGGGGUCUGUAAUGCAUAUGAGGCGGAAGUGUUGGGAUCUUUGAUCAGGCUUGGAAGCGUGGAGGCCGACACAAAAUCCUUGAAUUAG